GAACAGGAAGUUCCGGACAGAAGCGCACCAUUAUUCAGUGUAAAGAAAGCGCCAGAACGGUGCAGUCAAGAAGAUAACAUUAUUGUCCUUUUCUAUUUAUUACUACAGAUUUAGUCUGAGGCCGGUAACAUCAACAUUGAGGACAAACCCAGCCUGCCUCUCUCCUUCCACACUGAGUCCAAACCUACAGUCACUGGGUCCUGAUUGUGACAGAGGAGCCCAGUUUGCACUGCAGGAUCCAUAGAUGGCAUCAGUGAAGCUGGAAGACUGCAGUCCAACAAUGGAGCUGAAUAUUGACAUUAAAGAUGAAGAAGAGGAGAAGAUUGGGGGAUCUGUUAGUCAUGGUAUGAGGCCGGUAACAUCAACAGUGAAGACCAACCCAGCCUGCCUCUCUCCUCCCACACUGUGUCCAAACCUACAGUCACUGGGUCCUGAUAAUGACAGUGGAGGCCAGUUUGCUCUGCAGGAUCCAGAGAUGGCAUCAGUGAAGCUGGAAGACUGCAGUCAAACACUGGAGCUAAAUGUCAACAUUAAAGAUGAAGAGGAGGAGGAAAAGAUUGGGAAAUCUGUUUCUCAUGGACGACUAGAAUUAAGUCUGAAGCCGGUAACAUCCACAGUGAGGACAAACCCAGCCUGCCUCUCUCCUUCCACACUGAGUCCAAACCUACAGUCACUGGGUCCUGAUUGUGACAGUGGAGCCCAGUUUGCACUGCAGGAUCCAGAGAUGGCAUCAGUGAAGCUCGAAUGCGGUCAAACACUGGAGCUGAAUGUCAACAUUAAAGAUGAAGAAGAGGAGGAGGAGAUUGGGAAAUCUCUUUCUCAUGGUACAGCCAGAAGAGGACUGGCCACCCCUCUGGGAGACCAUGUUGAGACAUUCUCUACAUCCAGAGGGCAACAGCAGGAAGAUCACAGAGCUAAGAGGUCUCACCACUGCCCACAUUGUGAGGAGAAUUUCCCAAUUCUAUCAAAGCUAAAAAUACACCUAAAAAUACACACAGGAGAGAAUCCGUAUUCCUGUACUGACUGUGGGAAGAGAUUCACAACAUCAAGGGCUCUGACAGUUCAUCAGAGAGUGCACCCUGGAGAGAAGCCUUACUCCUGCUCUGACUGUGGAAAGAUUUUCUCUUGUCCGGGCCACUUAAAAAGACAUGAACAUAUACAUACAGGAGUGAAGCCUUACUCUUGCUCUGACUGUGUAAAAUGCUACACAACAUCAUCUGAGCUAAAACUUCAUCAGAGAGUGCACACUGGAGAGAAGCUUUACUCCUGCUAUGACUGUGGGAAGAGUUUCUCUCGACAGGGUUUUUUAAAAGCACAUGAACUUAUACAUGCAGGAGUGAAGCCUUAUUCCUGCUCUGACUGUGGGAAGAUUUUCUCUCAACUGGGCCACUUAAAAAGACAUGAACGUAUACAUACAGGGGUGAAGCCUUACUCCUGCUCUGACUGUGUAAAAUGCUUCACAACAUCAACUGAGCAAAAAGUCCACCACAGAACACACACAGGAGAGAAGCCUUACUCCUGCUCUGACUGUGUAAAAUGCUUCACAACAUCAACUGACCUAAAAGUCCAUCAGAGAACACACACAGGCGAGAAGCCUUACUUCUGCUCUGACUGUGGAAAGAGUUUUUCUCAAUCGUGCCACUUAAAAAGACACCAAGGUAAACAUAAAGGAGAGAAGCUUUAUACCACUGAUCUGACUGUAGAAAAUGUUUCAAAACAACAGCUGAGCAAAAAGGUCAUCAGAGAACACACACCGGAGAGAAGCCUUACUUCUGCUCUUAAUUUGGCAAGAGUAACUCAAGUAAAAGUCUAAAGGUAUUCUGUUGUAAAUAUACCUUAGUUUCAAAAGUAAAAGUGAAUCAUUUCAAAUUGCUUAAAUGAACCUCUACGCGAUGGGUGUCCACUAACCAGGACGGUUGUUGCUAACCUUUCAAUGUGACUAGAAUGACGAUGUAUACAACAGCCAACUUUCCAGAACAUAGACAUGACUUUAUAUCGUCAGAAAGCUUAAAUUCUGUUAAUCUACCUGCAGUGUCCAAUUUAACAGUAGCUAUUUCAUUGAAAAAAAUACAGUGCUAUUUUUUGAGUAGAGUGCACAACAACUUUUAUCAUGGCAACUGGUUUAAUACAUUCACCUCUGAAGGUCAAUAGUGUACUUGCAUUCAGUAAUCUUUCUCUGAUUUGUCAUCCUGAGGGUCCCAGAGAUCAAAUGUAGCAUAGUUUAAUUUGCUAAAAUGUUCAAAUGUAGGAACUGGGUUCCACAUUUUGAACCCCUGUUGUCUCUGGCUCCACACCUACCCCACCUGGCCAUCUAGAUGUGUGGAAGUUAGUGAAUAAGCUAAUGAUCCAUCAUGUCGCAGUUGCAAAUGAGAACUUGUUCUUAACUAGCCUACCUGGUUAAAUAAAUGUGAAAUAAAAAAAAUAAAAAAAAUGUAUGAAAUUCCUGUCAGUGUGUAAACUUAAAUGUUUUAUUACCAUAGCAUUUUUAUAUGUUCUCUAUAGUUUUGUACUUAAAUGUAUCAAUUGAACAAUUCAGGACAUUUGGGGAAACUCCUGGCAGACUUGAUACAGUGCAGUAAUGUAAUUCUUCACUGGAUCAGUCAAACUUCUCACACACUGCUGCCAUCUGGUGGCCAAAAUCUAAAUUACAUCUAGACUCCUAUCUGAAAGUAUGGCAUUUCACUUGCAUUUCAAAGAUGAAAAAGAAAAUGACAGGUAUUUUGUUUGUAUUAUC